GUGGUCUUGAUCCUGUGACUUGCACUGCAGGAGUUAAAAAAAAAAAGGAAUGAAACACACGAUAAAAAAACAGUUUUUACCUUUUACACCAAUUUAAAAUGAAUACAAGACUAAUUUCAGACUUAAACAAAAUCAAUCCAAAGUUUGAGGGUUACAAACUUAGUCCUUUCAACAAGGGAUUACACCGUACCGACUUAAUACAAGAAAAUAUUCAAGUACAUAAGGACGCCAAUGACCAUCGCAUGGGGUUCCGCGAUCUUCAAGCACGUAUUCGACACUCUCAUUUAAUUUACGGCUUCCCACUAGACCACACACGAGGCUCUGCAUUUUGUAUAGACCAAGACUUCAACUUAUUCAUGAUUGUUUAUAAUAAGAUCACAAAGCAAACCAAAUUUCACUCUAUUACUGAAUUGAUAAAGCCAUUACCAGUGCCUGCAUUCACUGAACCAAGUGACAUUGUACCUAUCGAACCCCAAUUACCUUCAGUUAUUGCUCUCAGUACUGAACUUGUUUUGGCAUCCAAUGGUGUUGGUGAUAUUGAAUUGAUUGGAUUGGAAGAAAAGGAUGGCGCGAUGUUGGGUACUUCAUUAGCAUCAGUAUGCUAUCUUGGCACAGGAAAAGAGGGGAUUACGCCAGUUCCUUGUGUUUUAUUAACAGCACGUCAGGUUAAGGAUAAAAUUAUUAUGGUCGUGUAUAGCCAUACUGCAACCAAAAAGACCGAAUUCAAUAUCGCCACAUUGGAGAUGAAUAUUCCUACUCCAGAAACAGAAAGAUUAUCGGAUGGCUCAUUUGUACUUAUGUUGAAGACGCUACAUAUACAACAAGGUGCAGAAGUACCUGUUUAUUGUGCAAUCACACCAUCCGGAAAACGCUGUAUACUAGGAAGUGAAACGAAAUAUGUUAAGGAAGGCUAUGAAGAAGUGGCUGAUGAGAAUAAAAUGCAAGUAGACGAUCCUUACAAAUGGAACCAGGAUGGAUCUGAUAUAACCAUUGUUUUUGAGCUGCCUUCCGAGACACCUAAAUCGAGCAUCAAUUGUAAAUUUCUUGUGGAUCACCUCAGUUUAUUAGUGAAAUCUGGGGAUGAAUUAUUAGUAUCCUACCCCUAUCGUAAAUUAUGGAGUACGAUCCGCCCCGAUGAAUGUUUGUGGACUUUUGAAUCUGGCUUGUUGACUUUGUUUAUUACAAAAAUGGAUGAAAAUACACGUUGGCCACAAUUAUUUGACCAUGACGAUGGUGUUUUAGAGAAUUUAUCGCAGGAUGCCUUAUCGGAGAUCAAGUCAAAAUUGGAGAGGCUGACUGCGUCAGAAGGUGCCAUGACUUCUACUUCACAACCAGCUCAACAUCCAGCUUCUACAGAUAUGGAUGAGGAGAUCGACGAAUCAGGCCAGCCUAUUAUAUUUACUGUAUAUGAUACAGAGGGCACAAUCGUGGAUGAAUUUCAUUCGGGCACUUACAAUUGGAUUUGCAAAUCAUACGAUAAAACAAAACGUUUGCCAUCUAUCUGUCUUCAAAUGGAUGUUGACGGCUUGGUUUUUUCAUUCACUGAAACCGUUGAUCACAGGAUAGAAAUCAAACAUGAAGCCACUUUCGACGCAUUUGCGUUUGUACAAGCUUCCAAACGUGAUGGUAGAUUUACACUUCAUGAUCCAAACUUUAACUUCACUUCUAUUAUUGAAAGCAGUCGUAACGCUUAUAUCUAUUUUCAUCAUGAUGAUAAGAGAAAAAUUGAAGUACAAACACUAAUUGAUUUAACUCAAGGAAACGAUGUGGAUGUUAUUGGCGCUCAGCUACUGCUGGAUGAUACACUCAUGAUACUUACUGAGACUCAAGUUAUUGUUAUUGAAUUGAUAGAAUAAAAUAUUUCUUGUUUAAAUC